CACACAAUUCAAACUGUUCUUGGCAACAAAACACACUCAUGGUUAAAAAAAAAAUAUGACCGGCAAAACUUCCACAGCUUGUCUAGACAACAUGUUCGAUGUUUUGAGAAACGAUAGAGUAACUAUAAACGUCGGCGGGUUUCGGCAUAAUACUUUUCUGACGACGUUAAAAAAUAUUCCUGAUACUCGGUUGUCGUGGAUUGCGGAGAAUCAUCCGAACAGUCCCGAUUUUGAUCCCGUCCUUGGAGAGUACUUCUUCGACCGACAUCCACGAAUAUUUACCGAAGUUUUGAAUUAUUACCGUAUCGGCAAGCUUCACUGCCCAGCCGAUGUUUGCUCGGCGUUAUUUCAAGAGGAAUUGUCGUAUUGGGGAAUUAACGAACGCGAUAUCGAACCAUGUUGUUGGGUUUUGUACAAGCGGCAGAUGAACACAGAAGAGACACUCAAAACAUUUCAUCUUGACAGUGCCAGGAAAGCGUCUGGAGGCUGCGCAAGCGGUGCUAGAGGGGAGACAACGCGGACCAUAGCAAGCUUGUUUGGAUCAGAGACUGUUUUGACGAGAAAUCAUCGUGAAAGAUGGAAGCAAUUUCGGCCAAAAGUUUGGGCUCUGUUGGACGAUCCACGAUCUUCUCUUGCAGCGAAGGUCUUCAUUGGUUUGACAAGUCUGUUCAUCAUGGUCUCUGUCACGCAAUUCUGCCUUAGCACCGUGACAUCCAUCAGAGAUAACGUAACGCUAAUGAGGAUCCUACGGAUUCUAGAUGUAGUGACAUCGAUUUGGUUCACGGUGGAAUUUUUUCUUCGUCUCAUCUUCUGUCCGAAUUUUAAAAACUUUGCAAAAAAUCCUAUGAACUGGAUCGACCUUCUUGCUGUUUUUCCAUUUUAUCUCUCACUGUAUCACAUUGGGACGAGAACAUCUUGGCUUGUGGUGAUGCGAACACUGAGAAUUUUCCGCAUCUUCAGCUUGUCCUUUUCAUUCCAAAUCUUAUUUCACACACUAAUAUCAAGCAAGAAUGAGCUGUUUCUGGUGUUUUUCAGCCUUAUUGUACCAAUCAUUUUAUUCUCGAGUAUGAUUUACUUCGCAGAGAAUGAAAACAACAAAGAAAUGUUUCCCAGUAUCCCAGAAUCCUUUUGGUGGGCAAUCGUGACAGUUACAACACUCGGGUAUGGUGACGUAGUUCCGGUAACCAAAGUAGGGAAAAUUAUUGGUGCAAUGUGCGCCAUCUGUGGCGUCAUCAUAAUUGCACUUCCGGUAUCAGUGAUUGGCAGCAACUUCUCUUAUUUUUACAUGCAAGCGCGCACGCGCAUACAGCAACCGCGGCGCUCCACAAGGAUGCCCCCGCUUUCGCAGGUUCCCGCCAAUUUAAUGUAUAAGCGUUUACCGCGCAGGCGCAGUGGUUCCGGAUCAGAAGCUAAUGGCAGUGUGUCUAGGAGGUCACACGUGAAAAAGCGGUCAAGUAUCAAGAGGAGCUUACCUACGCAUGCGCCAUACGGGCGCAGACCGAGCAGGAAGUCAAAUUCAACAUAUGGAACAAGGGCGAGUGCCUUGGAGAUGAUAGAAAUUUUAAAGCGAGAUCAACGAAUAGAGACACUGAAAGAGGAAAUGUGAAAAAGCAUGUAUACUUCUUUCUAAACAUAACCAAUUUCGUACCGUCAUAUAGACGUUAACAGUAAGAAUUGCAUAGUUUUGAAAUUUUCACUUGGUGCUGGAUCGAGUUUCAGUAGUGUCAAUUGUUGUCCGGGAUUGCAUAUAUUCUUAUACAUAUCUAUACUUACGGAUAUUUACAUUUAAAAGGCGCAACUUGAUAAUUUUCAUCCACAAGCUGGUCGAGGAGGCCAAGAGCCAAUCCAAUGGCGCGUAUCGCAAAUUUUACUUGAUUCUCUCUUGAAUCCGUUGAAAACUAAACAUUCCAAAAAGUUCUCGCGUUCAUUUCGCAAUAUAUCUUCUUGUUGUAAACUCCUUGCCUGCACCAGCAGC